AAUUACCCUAAUCGGUAAUCAGAAGGAGAAAACAGUAUCGCGACUUUUCCCUUGUACAAGAACCCUAUCUGCAUCAGCCGGACGGUAUGAGUCGGUCAGUGGACGAGCUCGGAACUACCAAACCGGAUCCGACGAAGAAGCCCGUCUUCCUCACCAAAGCACAGCGAGAGCAGCUAGCCUUACAGCGCCGCCACGAUGAAAUCGCCGAACAGAAACGGCGGGCCGAACAGCUUCUCCAACAACAGGGUAACAACCGCCCUUCCUCCACCGAUAACGACCAUGAACGGGAUCAUCGUGACAGAGAUAGUAGGGGUGACCACCAUCGCUCCAGGGACAGGGACAGGGACAGGGACAGAGACAGAGAAAGAGAAAGGGAGUCGAGGGACCGGGAGGUGGAGCGCCGGAAGCGCGAUAGGGAGCGCGACGAAGAGGUCAAGGAACGAGAGCGAGCUCGAUUGGACAAAUUAGCUGAGCGAGAGCGAGAGAAAGAGCUUGAUGCAAUCAAAGAGCAGUACCUCGGCUCCAAAAAACCUAAGAAGCGGGUGAUUAAACCUAGUGAGAAAUUCCGAUUUUCCUUUGAUUGGGAGAACACCGAGGACACAUCUCGCGACAUGAACGCUCUAUACCAAAACCCUCACGAAGCCCGCUUACUCUUUGGUCGCGGAUUCCGUGCUGGAAUGGACAGAAGGGAGCAGAAGAAGCUUGCUGCCAAGAACGAGAGGGAGCUGCUGGAGGAGAUCUGGAAGAAGGAUGGCGUUGAGGAGUCUGCAGUAGAAGCAGCUGCCCUGAAGAAGAAGGAACAGGAUGCCGACAUGUAUGACACUUUUGACAUGAGGGUCGAUCGCCAUUGGUCAGACAAGAAGCUGGAGGAAAUGACGGAGAGAGAUUGGAGGAUAUUCAGGGAGGAUCACAAUAUAUCCUACAAGGGGUCGAGGAUACCCCGUCCCAUGAGGAAUUGGGUCGAGAGCAAGUUAACUACUGAGUUGCUCAAGGCUGUUGAUAGGGCUGGCUACAAAAAGCCGUCUCCCAUACAAAUGGCUGCCAUUCCGCUUGGACUUCAACAGCGUGAUGUGAUUGGUGUCGCAGAGACUGGUUCAGGUAAAACUGCUGCUUUUGUUCUUCCUAUGUUGACUUAUAUCACUAGGCUUCCUCCAUUGAGUGAGGAGAAUGAGGCGGAGGGGCCAUAUGCUGUUGUUAUGGCCCCCACACGAGAACUUGCUCAACAAAUUGAGGAUGAGACUGUCAAGUUCGCACACUAUUUGGGUAUCAAAGUUGUUUCUAUUGUUGGUGGGCAGUCCAUAGAGGAGCAAGGUUUUAGGAUUAGGCAAGGUUGUGAAGUUGUGAUUGCAACCCCUGGGCGGCUUCUUGAUUGCUUGGAGAGACGUUAUUGUGUUCUGAACCAGUGUAAUUAUGUUGUUCUUGAUGAAGCUGACCGUAUGAUUGACAUGGGUUUUGAGCCUCAAGUGGUUGGUGUACUGGAUGCUAUGCCUUCAAGUAAUAUGAAACCGGAGAAUGAGGAUGAAGAGCUUGAUGAGAAGAGGAUUUAUCGAACCACUUAUAUGUUCAGUGCUACCAUGCCACCUGCUGUGGAGCGGCUGGCUAGAAAAUACUUGAGAAAUCCUGUUGUUGUGACUAUUGGCACUGCUGGAAAGACUACUGACCUCAUCACUCAGCACGUGUUCAUGGUAAAGGAAUCAGAGAAAAUGUAUAAGCUGCAGAAAUUGCUGGAUGAGCUUGGAGAUAAGACAGCUAUUGUGUUCAUCAACACUAAGAAGCAGGCUGAUUUUGUUGCCAAGAAUCUGGAUAAAAAUGGCUACAGGGUAACCACACUGCAUGGUGGAAAGUCUCAGGAGCAAAGAGAAAUCAGCCUUGAAGGAUUUAGGACCAAGAGGUACAAUGUGUUAGUUGCUACUGAUGUUGCUGGUCGUGGUAUUGAUAUACCUGAUGUGGCCCAUGUGAUAAACUAUGAUAUGCCAAACAAUAUUGAAGCAUACACCCAUCGUAUUGGACGUACAGGUCGUGCAGGAAAGACGGGUGUAGCCACAACAUUCUUGACCAUGCAUGAUACUGAAGUCUUUUAUGAUCUUAAGCAAAUGCUCACACAAAGCAACAGUCCUGUUCCCCCAGAACUUGCCCGACACGAGGCUUCGAAGUUCAAGCCAGGAAGUAUUCCCGACAGACCACCUAGGAGGAAUGAUACUGUAUUUGUUCAUUAAAGUUGGAAUUGCUACAUAUGCUAUUGUAGGGGUCCAGUGUUGGGAGUUUCUAUAAUGGUAUCUGCUGAAAAAUGGAGCUAGGUGGGUGAAUGAUGGAGUUGGUAGAUAGAGUGGAGGUUCAAACAUAAUGGAAGUGAAGUGGUAACAUGUUUGGCAAUUGAGUUUUUUUCUGUUACUAACAAGUAGUAAUGUGCUGUCAGCUUUGCUGAAGGGAUUUGUUUUUUAAUUCUGAUUCCGUUAGUCGAUGCCUAGGCUUUACUGAAGAUCUUCCUGUAAACUCUUAAACAUUUCUUGUGUUUCCUUCUUUACUACUUUAUCUUAAGAUAGUCUCAGGAACUUAAAUA